AUAGACUUGUUAUGGAGAAAACUCUGACAUCUUGACGUCUGUAAGCGAAUGCACCGUGAAAACAAGGGCGAUAACUGGAGUGUUUCUAUGACGUCAUAAAACAUGUUGCGAAGUAAUAAUGGCGCCUUGAUAGGAGAAAAAGGAAAACAAAUAAGAAUUUAGAAAUGUAAUACCAUGACAAGUUUUCGAGCAACACCUAUCAGCAAUGACAUCACCAAAAUUGUCAGGAAUCAUUAUAAGCCACAACCAGCCAAGCCAUACAAGUUUACAAAAGUAUGGAACAGAACAGGUACAAAUAUGCUGGAGGAGCGUCCAAAGUCAUUAUGGGAACGCCAUUACCUCCGUCGCCAAAGCAACCUGCAUAAGGGAUUUCACAGCAUCCCUUGGGAGCCAUAUCAUGACGUUGGAGGAGAUGUUGUUCUUGACCCCUAUAACCUUGUACUGAAGACCCUUAGCAAUUGCCUUGAUGAUCAGGUUUGGUCUGCACCUCAUAAGCAGUUUUACGAUGACAAACCCAAGGACUGGAAGAAGAUUAAAGUGUUACCAGCCAUCAAAAUUGAGGAAAAGACCGAUCGUCCUGCAACUGCAGAAGAAGCAAAGCAGGAACAGUUGGAACCAAUUCCAACCUUAAAUGGUUAUCGCAAGAUUAAAGAGAAAUUGGCUGAGAAUGCCAAGGUCAUACGCAGUGUAAGAGGUGGUCAGUAUUCGUAUGAUGAAUACGUCCGACAACAGCAGGAGCUACAACAGAAAGGUGAUGAAGACACACAACAGGACAAUGGUAUGGUGCUCAUGUCUAUCAAGGACUUGCAAAUGGGUCUGGUGCACAUGGCUGAAUCGGACUCGGAAUCUGAAUUGGAUGAUGAUGAUGACACCAUGUCAGUGGAACAGGAGCAGAUGGCAUCAAGUGUAAUGCGUAGGAUGACACGGAUACGAAAGUCUUUAGCUUUGCCUUCUGAAAAGGAUAUUGAAAGUUUGGGGAAAGGAUCCAAUCUGAAUCCUAUCUAUGAAGGUGACUCCACAGACGAAUUGGAGGAAAGCACUAGUCUGAAUCCACUUAUUAAAAUAUCAAGUGGUAUAACUGAAAAGAAGGAGAGAAUUCGUCGGGACCAUCUACAAUACCUGGAAAGUCUGUACACUGUUAUCGUGUCAAUCCACAACAUGAAAGGUCGCGACCUCAAAUCCAAGACUCCGCUCUCUUUGGAUGCGGUGAAGGCUCUCAAGAAGUACUAUAACCCUGCCCACCUCCCACCAGUCCACACCGGAGACCGAGAAAGUAAACUCAACUACCUGGCUAUACACCGAUUCCAUUCAAAGAUACAGAAGUGUUCUGAGACAACCGUAGACUCCAGUACAGACGGAGGUCGGAAGUUUCCUGAUAUUGGUACUCCAGCAGGUCGAAAGGUCAUGAUACAGGAACCUCCAUCUUCGACUACCUCCAACUCUACACAUUCAUCAAAGCUGUUUACAGGCAGGAGGAAGUCUAUCCGUGCUCCGAUGGAGGCCAUAUUGUCUGCUAUACAGGAAAAGAAGAGGGUCAUUAUUGAGACCUGGGAGGAUUUAAUCAACCUUCCAACAGUACAACACAAGUCAACACCAAUGAUGGGAAUCCACGCUCAUCUCAUCCUCAAGGCCAUGCAAUGGAAGAAGUCAGGAACCGGAAGUGUCCAAUCAGGUGGCUCCAAUGCCUCACCAAGUUCUCCUGCUAGUACUUCUACACCCCACCGUGAUGAACCGCCCUCGACAUAUGCUGCAGAGAAAAAGGAAAUACCUCAGGCCAAAAAAUUACCGAUUUGGCAGCAAGUGGCUAGUGAGAAAUACCCCAAAACAUCCCCUAAAAAAAACUGCACUAAUACCAAAGAUGUCGGGGACUUGGCCUAUAAUAACCGGAAAAAACUUCUUAAAAUCCGAUCAACUGUUCAGCAAGAGCUAGAAGCCUCACUGCAGAAAAUUGAGAGAGAAAAAAUGGUGUCAUUCAAGAUGAAAUACCAGGUGUUUGACGAUCUUAGCCCACUUUUCCAAGAGCACAUCAUCAACAUGAGGCGAGGCAAAACAAAUAUGGCACGCAACGUUGAUGUUCACCAUGUACCUCCUUCUAAAUGGUAUGAUGAAUUGAGGGAGAAAACAUACAACCUUACCGGUCAAAGUGACCCAGAAAUCAACAAUGUCCUCAACCAACUCAGCCAGUUUUCUACCAUGGAUACCAAAACUAUUCCCCACGCUAAGGCAAAGCUAUGUCUACUGGUGAUGUCCCUGCCAGCCUACUCAAUCCUUAAAAUCUGUAUGCAGAAGGCCAUUAAGUAUAUUUUGGAGACCAUUCUGUUGGGGGAACUGAGCAUGUUCAUUGACUGGUUGGGCCACAGAAAGAUACCAUUGGUACUGGAUCUCAGCUUGGAAUCAACACCAGAGAGAGUUGAGGAAGAAGAUGAGGAAAACACAGAAACGGAAACUGAGAAAGUGCAAUAACUUCCAAUAUCUCCUCAAUUUACAUUUAUUUUGAUAAUUAAUGCUAGUAUUAUGUAUUUUUCAGCAUUUGUAUUAUCUACCUCAAUUUAGCUGGAAACUUGAAUUUCUACAUUCAGAUUAUUUAUCAGAGAAAAUAUAUAUUAUUACCUUGAUUGUUAUAUAGUUUCAUAAUAUUUCCGGAUUUUUACAUGGAAAUCUGUUUUUAUGCGGAGAUGCUUGUUUUAACACACUCGGUCAGACUGCAAGCUUGUACGAGUCAAUAAGAACAGCAACACAUUCGUUGAUUGAAAUUAUCUCCUGUAUUGAAUUUUACUUGCCUUUUAUCAAAACUACAUGCGAUAUGUUUUUUUUUUUUUUUUAUAAGACUAGUAUACAUGAAUCUGCCAAUUUUCCAAAGCUUAUUUUACGGUAUAAUUUAUAGUGUCCAGAAAUUGGCACGAUAAUUCAUUCAAUGUGCAAUAUAUUUUAUGAAUGAAUAUUACACAAAUUAAAAAUUUGUUUUGUAU